AUGGGGUCCAGCAUUGGCUCAUGUUGCUUGCUGGAAGCAUGCCAUAACUGUGCGCACCACUUUCUGGACAGCAUGUCGUCGCCGUUGGAGAACGAGGACGUCCUAAAGGCCGAUGCUGUUAGCACAGGUUCCAAACCAGCUGUGCUUGUCCUCGGUGGCUCUACAUUUAUGGGACGAGAGACUGUGCAGACACUUUUGGAGCUUCCCACCCGUGUGUGCGUUGUGAAUCGAGGACGCUCGUACUGGGGUACCAGGGACCCUUCUAACGGCCGUGUUGCGCGGCUUACUGCGGAUCGUCGAGAUAAGCGGCACUUUUCAGAGCGCCUGGAUAUGGUUACCACAAGACUGGAAGAGAAGUGGGCGCUCAUAGCAGAUUUUUCGGCUUACGAUGGUGCUGACAUCAGGUGCGCUCUGGAAGGGCUGCAUGGAAGAUUCGACACAUAUGCUUACAUUUCGUCAGAUUCCGUCUAUGAAGUAAGUUCCGCAGCAGGGUCUGGAUGGAUGCUGCAGGCUCGGGCCGUCGACGAGAGUUUUGCUCAAAGACCUGCGGAAGAUACAGUUCGCAAGAAGCUGCGCAAGGCAGAUAGCUAUGGUGACGGCAAGCUGGAGGCAGAGGAAGCAUUGGCCGAAGGACUCGACUCCAGCACGCGAGCCGUUGCACUUCGACUGCCUGACGUCAUAGGUCCUUUCGACGAUACUCUUCGAUUGUGGGCAUAUUGGCAUUGGUUGCGGGCAGGGGCAGACAGCUGUCGGCCUCAAGUUCGCAAACUGCCGGCGAAGCGCGCAAGACUCGAAGCCCAAGCCACGACUCAGAGUUUCGAUGAUCCGCCGCUUGCGUUUGUCUUCAGUCGAGAUGUGGCCCGUUUCCUAGCAGGGUUGGUCGGCAAAAGGCUUCAGAAGCCGUUCGAUGCAGUGAAUGUGGGAAGUGACCUCCAGGUCCCUCUGAGGGAUUUCUUGGGACUUCUCAGCAAGGCCUCGAACCCAGGCCAGACAGGCCAGGCAGACGCCACGGGACCGCUUUUGUUGGAGGAAGUCGACCGGCCCCGCAGCUUUCUUCCAAGCGUGGAGCGACCACUGCCCUUGGAUUUUCGACACUUGAAACAGGCAUACGGCUUCGAUUCCACCGCCCUUCCGGAUGUUCUCAAGACAUGCGCCGACUGGUUCGCUGGCGCAUGCAAGGAGUUCCCAGAAGAAGCAGCUGAAGCAGCGAUGAAACUACCUGCUGCAGCCAGAACUGCAGCAUUGGCAAGGGCAGAGCUGCUCGCACCAAAGAGCCCUGCAAGCUCUUCGAACAGCUCUGACACAAGUUCAAGCUCCUGA